UGAGUGUAAUAAACUAAGGUAAAUUUUUAGCAAAACUCUUCAAAAAUGUCCUACGCUACUUCUAGAUCUAUUCCAUUUGUGAGCGUACUGCGUGCUACUGGCCAUGGAGAAGUUUGGGAUCACACAGACGACAAGAAGUUUUCUCAAUUUGGCUGGAGAUGCACGAAUAACGAGAGUUCUUAUUCACCGACACGAACUUUGGUUGGAAACUGGAAUGAACAAAGGUUCGAUAUCUCUACAUUAUCCCAAGCAAAACCCAUUCCAUCACAGUUCAGCCAUUACUUCGAGACGACCCAAAACAAGAGUUUUAACUCUAAAAACAUGAAUAAAGUACCAAAAGCUCUCAAGCACUUGGAAGCACGGGAAUCUACAGCUUACCCAGGUCAUCAGCCUGAAUUAGACCCUCCUCAUCUCAAGAAAGAGUACAACUCAUUCAUGACUACAUCUAAAGCUGCUUUUGGAGAUCCUAGCAGACUGAGAUGAAUGAGAGAGAAAUCAUCUAGAAAUGGUAGAAAUGUGACUUGUUUUUCUCAUUGGAAAUAAUAAUGAUGAAAUGCAAAGAUUGACUUUGAAUUCAAAAGAAAAUUUCUUAUAAUCUUUUUUAAUAAUUUUGUUUUAAAUCUUUUCAACUUUUUGACAAACUGAAAAGGUAUAUGAUCAAGAAUGGUUUU